UACACCACCAGCAGACCGUUCGGCAGCGCUGGGGGUGGGGCCCAGAACGACAACCAGUACAACUCCGGCAGACCGUUCGGCAGCGGUGAUGUUCAAAAUGGCAAUCAGUACACCACAAGCAGACCGUUCGGGAGCGGUGGAGUUCAAAACGGAAACCAAUACAACACUGACAGACCGUUUGGCAACGGUGAAGUUCAGAAUGGUAAUCAGUUCACCACCAGCAGACCUUCCGGCAAUGGCGAAGCCCUGAGCGGGAACCCGUUCAGCACAGGCCUCCCUUUCAGCAGCGGUCCAGCCCGACCAGGCGGCCAGCGUCCCAACCAACCCCAGGGCACCACACCGCGGCCGGUCGGCGCGGGCGGCGCGGGCGAGCGCGACCUGCUCGUCAACCCCGAGGGGUGCGGCAUCCGCAGCGACGACCGCAUCAUCGGCGGCAACACGACGUACGUCAUGGAGCUGCCCUGGAUGGUGCGGCUGGGGUACACGGGGCGACGUGGCAUUUCCUACCGGUGCGGAGGCUCGCUGGUCAAUCACCGAUACGUGCUCACCGCGGCCCACUGCGUUGCCGGCGAUGCACCUGUCCAGGUGCGCCUGGGCGAGCACGACGAGGACAGCGACCGCGACUGCUCCAUCAUAGCUGGCACGACCAUCUGCGCGCCGCCCGUCGUGGAUGUGCCGAUCGAGCGCGUCAUUCAGCACCCGCAGUACUCGAGCGACUCCAAGUCCCCGAACUACCUGAAGAACGACGUCGCGCUGCUGCGGCUGCGCACACCCGUCACGUUCACAGAGGCCGUCAAGCCCAUCUGCCUGCCGCAGACUGGGGGAGCGCAGGUGGCACCGGGCAAGAGAGCCGUCGUCGCCGGCUGGGGCAAGGACAGGAACCGAGGAAGCACCGGCACCCGCCUGCUCAUGAGCGCGAGCGUGCCGCUGUGGACCGUGCCCGACUGCGCGCGCGUGUACCAGUCGCGCGGGGUGCAGGUCGGCGCGAGCCAGCUGUGCGCCGGCGGCACCCGCGGCGUCGACUCGUGCCAGGGCGACAGCGGCGGCCCGCUCUACCGCGCCGGGCUGGUCCACGACCAGCCGCGCGCCGUGCAAGUCGGCAUCGUGUCCUUCGGACUCUCCGAGUGCGCGACGGAGGGCGUGCCCGGCGUCUACACGCGCGUCGAGAGCUUCAUGCCCUGGAUCGUCAGCAACAUGGUCUAGUCCGUCGAGCGUUGGGCCCCAAUCCUCCUCAUCCCACUAUUUUCACUUCUAUUUAUGUACUACCAUCACUGGUCGAUGUUUUACAGUAUUUCAUUAGGUUUAAUGACAAUGGCAGCACCCGUAUUACCAUGCAAACAAGAAACAAGAAAAAAAGUAAACACACAAUAAAAAUCAGGAAAACAAA